UCUCUCCUGCUGAUUGCGCUCAGUGGCGUCUAGCAGCAGGAAUUUUGGGGAGUGGAAAUUCCGCUGUUACUUUCGCAUCUCGCCUCGUAUUCCUGACAUUUCUGCUGACGGUCAGUCAGUCGCUGCGAACACAUACAGAGAGAGAGAGAGAGAGAGAGAGAGAGAGGCGGAUAGAGAGAGAGAGAGGCGGAGAGAGGGCUGAACUGAAAGAUCUGUAGAGCAGUGCUCCAAUGUUCCUCUCGGUUGGUUUUCAGUGAAUACCCGUUAACCACUGCUCCCUCUUCUUUCUCUCUCUCUUUUUCAAAUUUCCACUCGGACCUUGUUUGGCAUCACAACUGAAAGGUUUGAUAAAGAACCGAGGGCGCUCAGCUGCCACUUCUGGCGAACGGAUUUUCCCCUUUUUUUUGAUUUCUUCGUUUGGUUUUCUGCUUUUGGAUUAUUCUUAUUUUUUUCUCUCCAGGAGAUGGCAAGUUGUUCCCUGACAGACGCACGGGUCUGGUGCUGAAGCUCGCAGGAUGCUGGGGUCCCUACAACAGCCACAUCUCUCACUUUGAGACAAGCUUCGCUUAUAUUUUUCUUUCUUUUGGACGUAACCCCCCCGGACCUUUCCGUUUGUCUUGAUUUUCUUUAACAUAAUGUCGGGGUUGUACAAUCUAAGGAUGCCUUGUGGAUUGCUAUUGUUCCUUUCCGGCCAGGUCCUCUUGGUCGCUUCGUUGACUCAGACUGAUAAAUGCGGGGGGAAUAUAGAGAUCCACGCAGCGGACUACCUGACCUCCCCGGGCUACCCCGGCGCCUACCCGCCCUCCCAGCAGUGUGUGUGGGUGAUAACAGCCCCCGAGCCCGGGCAGAAGAUCCUCAUCAACUUCAAUCCGCAUUUUGAUCUGGAGGACCGAGACUGCAAGUACGACUACGUGGAGGUUUACAACGGCGGGGACGAGAUCUCAGCCAUGUUGGGAAAGUUCUGCGGGAAGAUCGCACCGUCUCCGAUCAUCUCCAGCGGCAGCCAGCUCCUCAUCAAGUUCGUCUCUGACUACGAGACACACGGGGCGGGAUUCUCUGUGCGCUACGAGGUCUUCAAGACAGGCCCAGAAUGUUCCAGGAACUUUACAGCUCCCAGAGGCGUCAUCAAGACACCGGGCUUCCCUGAGAAGUACCCCAACAACCUGGACUGCACCUUCAUGAUCUUCGCCCCCAAGAUGUCUGAGAUCGUGGUGGAGUUCGACAGCUUCGACAUGGAGCCCGACACCACGCCGCCGCCAGGCGCCCUCUGCCGAUACGACUGGCUGGAGAUCUGGGAUGGCUUCCCCGCAGUGGGCCCCCACAUUGGCCGCUACUGUGGCCAGACGUCCCCGGGCCGUGUGAUCUCCUACACGGGCAUCCUGUCCAUGACCAUCACCACUGACAACGCCAUCGCCAGAGAGGGAUUCUCCGCCAACUACACCAUCCGCGAGAGGAGCCUCCCCCUGGGACACGAGGAUGAGGAUUUUGCUUGUAUGGAGCCACUGGGCAUGGAGUCGGGGGAAAUUUCCUCAGAGCAGAUCACUGCCUCCUCCCAGUAUAACUCCAACUGGUCCCCUGAACGCUCGCGCCUCAACUACCAGGAGAACGGCUGGACGCCCUCUGAUGACACUGUCAGGGAGUGGAUUCAGGUGGACUUGGGAUUUCUGCGAUUCGUCACAGCUAUCGGGACGCAGGGAGCGAUCUCCAAAGAGACCAAGAAGCACUACUACGUCCGCUCCUACAAAGUGGACCUGAGCUCCAACGGAGAGGACUGGGUCACCAUGAAGGAGGGCUCCAAGCAGAAGAUCUUCCAGGGGAACCACAACCCAACAGACGAGGCUCGCUCCUUCUUCCCCAAACAGACUCUGGCCCGCUACAUCCGCGUGCGCCCCAUGUCCUGGGAGCAAGGCAUCUGCAUGCGCUUUGAGAUCUACGGCUGCAGAACGUCAGACUACCCCUGUUCAGGGAUGCUGGGGAUGGUGUCAGGCCAGAUCGCAGACGCUCAGAUCAGCGCUUCGUCGUACGCCGACCGGGGCUGGGUGGCUGAAAACGCCCGCUUGUUGACGGGGAGAUCGGGCUGGACCGGGCAGCAAACCAAGCAGCCCUUCAGAAACGAGUGGCUACAGGUGGAUCUGGGCCAGGACAAGAUGGUGAGUGGCGUGGUGAUCCAGGGAGGGAAACACCGCGACAGGAACGUCUUCAUGAAGAGGUUCAGGGUGGGACACAGCCUGGACGGAGACGAGUGGACCAUCGUUAAGGAGGACAACACCACCAAGCCCAAGAUAUUCAUCGGGAAUCAGAACCACGACACCCCAGAGCUGAGGUCCAUGGGUCCCCUGCUGACCCGCUUCGUCAGGAUCUACCCGGAGAGAGCCACCAACGAGGGCCUGGGCCUCCGCCUGGAGCUGCUGGGCUGCGAACUGGACGACUUUACAACUACAGCCCCUCCCACCACCGCCAUCGUCUCUACACUUCCUGUGACCACGUUUGGCGCGACCACCACGGCGCCCAUCACCGUCCCCGGCACCAGCCUGUCCCCAGUCUGCGAGGAAGGACACGAGGACUGUGGCGGCGAGACCGAGGCUCCCGGUGACUACGACACAAUGACGGCAGGAGGCCCCGCAGCGGCCGACCCCAUCAUGGACUUCAUGCCAGAGUACGUGUGGUUCGCCUGCAACUUUGACUUCUCGUCAUUCUGCGGCUGGACCAGAGAGACGGGGACGGGGGCUGAGUGGCUCAUCCAGACCAACAGGGCUCCCAGCAUCCACAGAGGCCCCGCCCUCGACCACUUAGGCGGACCAGGGAACUUCAUCUACAUGCAGCUGGGGGACACAGACCCACCGAGUAAAACAGGCGACGAUGAAGACGAAGAUGAAGAGGAGAAGGUGGCGAGCUUGGCCAGCCUGCCCAUCACGGCGCCGGACGCCGACCUGUGCAUGUCCUUCUGGUACCACAUGUUCGGGGAACACGCAGGCGCGCUUCACAUCAAGCAGAGGAGGGAGGCGGAGGAGGGGCACAUCAUGUGGACGCUCAGCGGUCACCAGGGCAACCGCUGGAGGGAGGGACGGGUCCUGCUGCCACGCUCCGGUGUCUCAUACCAGGUGGUUGUGGAGGGCGUGGCAGACAGACACAGUGCAGGUCACAUAGCUGUGGACGACAUCCAGAUACUAGAUGGACUCGAUGCUGAGGACUGCAAGGAUCCAGAAGCUCCUACGUCUCCGCCAACUGAGAUCUUCAUCCUCCCGAUGGACUCCCUCUCGCAAGAGACCAGCGAGCUUGGGGGCCCAGGCAACAUGCUGAAGACCCUGGACCCCAUCCUCAUCACCAUCAUCGCCAUGUCGGCGCUGGGCGUCUUCCUGGGCGCCAUCUGCGGCGUGGUCCUAUACUGCGCCUGCUCGCAGGGCAGCAUGACGGACAGGAACUUAUCUGCCCUGGAAAACUAUAACUUUGAGCUGGUGGAUGGCGUGAAGCUAAAGAAGGACAAGCUGAACGGACAGACUAACUAUUCGGAGGCGUAAGGGGGGGGCAGAGGGACGGAGCUGCGAUUGCUCCGCGUGGACUCGUGAUGCAGUCAAUCAAGUGGGAGGAACACGGGGGGCUGAAGCCACCAAUGGGACGGCAGGGUGGGCUGAAAGUGAGCCAAUGUCAUUUUUUUUCUCAGGAGCGGCAGUGGAAGGGACUGACCUGUAGGGGGGGGCACUGUGUAUAAAGAAUCUGUACAGCAAAAGAAAAGAAAAGAAGACAACUAAGAUGAUUCUAAUUGUUUGUUUCAGCGUGCUUUGUUGAUUUCAUGUAAUCACAUGCUGGUGUUGAGACCAAUUCAGAUGAAAGUAUCGUUUGUGUACUUAUUGAGAGAUAUGAUUAUGUUUUAUUCUUAUUUUUUUUCAGACGUCAUAGUUUCACAGAAAGAACGGAGUAUGUGGAAUUAUUUACUACUCUGAUAUCUGGCUCUUUAGCUGGCCGUGUGUGUGUGUGUGUGUGUGUGUGUGUGUGUGUGUGUGUGUGUGUGUGUGUGUGUUACGUGUAUACCUGUGUCACAUUCACAUACAUCUGCAUUUCAGGUGUGUGUGUGUGUGUGUGUGUGUGUGUGUCAUUCAGUUUAGUAUGUGCAUUACACUCAUGUUUAUCUGUAUACAUGAAGUGCAUGUGUGUGUGUGUGUGUGUGUGUGUGUGUGUGAAGGCGGGUUCUAUGGUGACCCGUUGUCCACUUCCAACAGUGCCUUUUUUUUUUUUUCCCUCCAUUUUUCUGUUGCCUUGUUUUUCUGCUGGUUGUUUUUUCCAUCGGCUGGUGUUCCGUCCGUCCAGGGUUCCUAUACACGCACACACGUGAGGGAAAAGUCCAGAAACUUUGCCAGUUGUGUGAUUAUUCAACUCCAAAUUGUCGUGUUGUAGUAGUAUACUGUCAAAUAGGACGUGUGUUGGUGUGGAGCUGAAGAUCUUGUCGCCUCGAUGACACUCGUAAGGACACGCAUUCAAAUGUUAAUAUCCAAGUUAAGCAUUUAUAGUUUUGGAAAGCUUUGGGAAAAAAAACGAUGGGAUUUCAGAAUGGAAAAUGUGUAGGAGCCCUGAAUGCCUCUUGUUCAUGGCACAUGACACAUCCAACAUAUUGUACAUAGCUUUUAAUAUAUUUGAGCGCCCUUUUUCUAUAGAAAAAGACACUAGUGCCGCAGUAUCCUUUCUAUGUUGGAAUCAAACUCGCCCUAAUCUCUAAAAUGUACAGAAAGAUAUUCGUUUUAACAGGCAGAGACACAAACCUGUUGUAUGUGUUUCUUUUACAAAUGUGAUCUGGCUCGACAUUGUGUGAUUAUUUGUUGUUGUUGUCGUUGUUUAGUUUCCGUUUGUGCUCUGGGAACAGGAAGGUUUCUGCAACCAUGGAAACGGCUUUGAGAUUAUGGAGGGAUGCCUCAGAAUUGCCUCAUGGGAAGCCAUGUUUUUAUACAGGGUAAAACGGACAACCUCAGCACCACUGGGACGCUGACAGCUAGUCAAGGAUGGAUCCUUCAUGGGAGUGAAAUAUGUUUUCAUGGCUAGCAGCUAACGUUUCUCACUGGCACACAGAGAGACUGUUGAGCCCUGGAGCCGCCAGAAAGACCGCCAUCGGCAUAUUUUUAUUGAGGCUGACAGGAUGUGGCGGACCCUGCUAAUUCUUACUACCCUGACUGAAAAACUAAGAACUAAUGUUUGCCACGACAAUGCUGUGCUCUCUGUCAGUGUUUUUAUCCUGUGUCGACUAUCAGAGAAGGAUCGAAAUGAUGUUUUAAAAAAAAACAGGUGGCUUUAAAGCUGUCCAAUUCUUGCCCCACAACCAUUUCUCUUGAGCUAAAGUGGCCUGGAAAUAACACACACACAUACACACACACACACACACACACACACACACAAGUCACAUUUUCAUAACAAAGAUGAGCUUACGAGCUAAUCAGAGCGGAGACCCAACAGCAAUGCCUCUAAAGCAAUAGGGCUCAUUAUUUUAUUUUCUUGUUUUGUGUUUUAAAAAAUCGUAAAUUUGAUUUCAAAAAGUCAAUUUUUAUAGUGAAAGCACUGUUUUUUUCUGUGAGAUUCUGCUGCAGUUUAAUUUGCAUUUCAUCCCCAUUUUAUUUCAUUGUGCUGUCAAUAUUGCAAAGGGGCCUCAUGUAACUGUGUAAUCUACAGUGAUCAGUCUGUGAGGAGUAGGACAUAUGAUGAAAAUCACUUUAUAGUAAUUGGUUCUUUUUUCAAUCUGGGUAUUUUUCAGUAAAACAAUGUGUUAAAAAACUGAAAAACGAUGAGCCUUAUAAAUAUUGCCCUAAUAAUACUGCGUUGUUGUGUUUUAGCUUUUGUAGCUAAAUGUGUUGUGAUACUGGUCACUUCUUCAUAGCACUGUAUCGGUGGGAGGAUUGAGUCUUGGAAGGCAGUCACUGGUGUCAGCCUUUAUCAACCGCCAACACAGACGGGACAAUUCUUACCGAAUGUUCUUCCACGCUGACGGAGGCCUCCGUAGAUUAAAAAGCCAUUAGGCAGGUGGGAGACUUUGACAUGUUGCCACUGGGAGAGCAAUGUUCAUCUCAGUGUGGUUCCUGCUGCGCUGCACUGUGGAACCUCAAGCUGCCCAGUUUUUAAUGUAGCAUUAUGUGGCAUCGUGUGAGUUCAAAAUACACAGAGAGACCGUUCAUCGUUUCUCUAUUCUUUCCUUCAAGAUGGGGCUUUUCAACCGGUUUAAAUGAAAUCACUGUGCAGUUGCACUAACAAACAUUUCCAAUCAAAUGAAGGUGCUCUUGGGAUGUUCAUUAUUAGAAGCACACCGGUUCAUAAUAUCAACCACAUAACGUUAUGUUUACAGCGAAAGACACAGACAAGAUAAUAUCCAAACUGUAAUACUUUCAGUCUGAACAGAAUGUGUCUCAAUAAAGCUCUUUCCCCUUCCAACAAGAAAGGAUGCCGCAGCACUCGAUAUGAAAACAAAUGUUGCACUGAUAUAUUCAAAAAGAAGAAAAAAAGAAUCUGUGUUUAUGAUGUUGAUUCAUGAGGAGGCAGGAAGGAGAGGACAGUGUUAUUGUUGCUUCUUUUUUAACACGGUUUCAGAUAACAAUGUUAGAAUUCUGAAAAGUACCAUUCUCAGAGAUGUUUUUCAUUCUGGAAAAAAAGCUUAUAUGCGUCUCUUUGAAACGUAACAAUUUUAUUUGCUUGGUAUAAUAUCACCUUGUUUUUGUACCGUCACUGAUGUGUGUGCCAUUGUUUUAUGAUUUGUUUUCUUUGUAUGACAAGAAGAAAUGUUGUUGUUUUUUUCUUUCAAUACUGCUUCUGUAAUUUUUUGCUGUCUCAGAUCCAGAAAAAAACAAAGAAAGGACAUAAGUAAAGAAAAAAAGAAGAAAAGAAUGGGAAAGCAGUGAGGCCUUAAGUGACUAAAAGUAUUGUCUGUACUUUGACUUUCUGGUCAGCACCCAGACUCACCCGUCUCUGUUGUCUCAGACUCUGAUCAUUGACUAUUACAUUCCAAAGAAUUGGAUCAAAUAAAUGUUUUAAGUAAA